AUGAUUAACGAAUACAGCCGCCAUCCCCGCGCUGAAGGCAGUAAAAACCUCGACAACAGUGAUAUUAUUGCUAUUGUGGGAAUCUUUGCGUCUGUUAUCGCGACAGUUUUUGGCGUGUGGUUUCUGGAUAAUCUUCGGAGAAGGUUUAGAAGGUCAGCAGCGGACCAUGAAGAAUCAACUGAAGGUCUCGAAGCAAAUGUUCAUCAGGUCCCAUCAUCUCGCGAGCCCCGUUCAGCCUCCGUUAUCCCCCGACAAGACCCGGGGCCUUCGACUAUUCAACCUGUACAAAUAUCACGGGCAAUGACAAUGGCCAUAUUAUCGGCACCCGAGGGGAACGUAUCCCCAUCGCACCCGCGAACAGACCCGGUCCACCGGCUUGAGGCUGGAAUAAACAAGCCAAAGCGAGCCUAUACCUGGACUGCAGACAAAACGAAUUUGUAUUGA